GCUCUGCCACUACGAUGCUGCCCCGUGGCUUGCGCCUGGCUGCCCUUCUGUUCCUCUGCGAUGCCCUCCUGCUCUCCUUGCUGGAUCUGGGGCGGCCCUCCCUGGCUCAGUGGGGGGUCCCGGCGGCCUGGCUGGAGGCCGCUGUGCGCCUGUUGGUGCUUUUGGGGGUCUGGGGGCUGCUCUCUCUGGGUCGUCCCUCCCACCUCGCCUCCGUGGCCGUGGCCGCCGUGAGUCUCCUGCCCCCCUCCUACCUGGCCGUGGGGCACUGGUUUGGAGACCCCCCUCUCCUCCUGUCUUCAGCCCCUUGGGCCUGGCUGCUGCUGAGCUAUGGGGCCGUGGGGCUGGCCCUCCUCGUCUGGCAGGUUCUUGGACAAGGGAAUGGCGCAAGGGGGUCAAAAAAGGGGGACACGGCGACCCUGUGGAAGGUGGUGAAGCUUUUUCGCUCAGAUGCUCCCUACAUCGCUGGGGCCUUCCUUUUUCUCACUCUGGCUGUGGUCGGCGAGACCCUCAUCCCUUAUUACAUGGGACGUCUGAUUGACCUCUUGAACACCAAGUACGACUCGGAUGCCUUCUUCUGGGCCAUCUUUUUCGUGGCUGUGUUUUCGCUUGGGAGUUCUCUCUCUGCCGGUUGCCGUGGAGGGCUGUUCAUGCUCACCAUCUCCCGGAUGAUCAUCCGGAUGCGGGGCCUCCUCUUCUCGUCCCUUGUGCGGCAGGACAUGGCUUUUUUCCAGGAGGUGAAAACAGGGGACUUGACUUCUCGCCUGUCCACGGACACGACCAUGAUGAGCCGCUCGGUGCCGCUCAAUGCCAACGUCUUCCUGCGCAGCCUGAUCAAAGUUGUGGGGCUGUACGGGUUCAUGGUCAGUGUCUCGUGGCGCUUGACCCUCCUGACCCUCAUCGAGACGCCCCUCAUGCUGGCUGUCCAGAAGUUCUACGACGUCCGUCAUAAGGCUUUGCUGAAGGCGAUCCAGGACUCUGUUGCGCACUCCGGGGAGGUGGUGCGUGAGACGGUCUCUUCCAUCGAGACGGUGCGCGGCUUUGCCACCGAAGAGGAGGAGUCCGAGCGCUACGACACAACGCUGAAGAAGACUCAGCAGCUGAGGAACCAGAGAGAUCUGGAGAGGACCGCCUACUUGCUCGUCCGAAGGAUCCUCCAGCUGGGCCUGAAGCUGAUCCUGCUUCACUGCGGGUACCAGCAGAUCCUCGCUGGCCUCAUCACCAAAGGAAAUCUGGUCUCCUUCGUUCUCUACCAGAUGGAAGUGGGGCACCAUGUGGAGACCCUGAUGUAUAUGUACGGAGACGUGCUGAGCAACGUGGGUGCUGCAGAGAAGGUGUUCGAGUAUCUUCACCGGGAGCCGUCCGUUCACACAGAGGGGACUCUGGCCCCGGACUUCCUCCGCGGGCUCGUCUCAUUCAGAAAUGUUUCCUUCUCUUAUCCUUCUCGCCCUGACAUCCAGGUCUUAAAGAACGUCUCCUUUGAGUUGCGCCCCGGGGAAGUGACGGCGCUGGUGGGUCUGAACGGCAGUGGCAAGAGCACCUGCGUGGCCCUCCUGGAGCGGUUCUACGAGCCUCAGUCUGGGGAGAUCCUGCUGGAUGGGGUCCCGAUCCAGGAAUAUGAACACAAAUACCUCCACCGGCAGGUGGCGCUGGUGGGUCAGGAGCCCAUCCUCUUCUCGGGCUCCAUUUGGGACAAUAUCACUUACGGGUUGGAGAACUGUAGCCUGGAGGAAGUGAGGGCUGCGGCAGAAGAAGCCGACGCCUUGGGAUUCAUCCAUGAGUUGGAAGGAGGCUUCAAUGCAGAUGUUGGAGAAAAGGGAGGCCAGCUGUCUAUUGGACAGAAGCAGCGCCUGGCUAUCUCCCGGGCCCUGAUCCGGAACCCCAAGGUCUUGGUGCUGGACGAAGCCACGAGCGCCCUGGAUGUGGAGAGCGAAGCUGCUAUCCAGCGGUCGGUGCUGAACCGCCAGGCCCGGGCGGUGCUGGUGAUCGCUCACCGGAUGCAGACGGUGGAGAACGCCCACAAGAUCGUGGUGCUGGAAGGCGGAGAGGUUGUCGAGGAGGGGAGCCACCCCGAGCUGAUGGGACGGAGGGGGACCUACUACCGGCUGGUGCAGAGGAGCGGCGCGGAGUGACUUCUGGAAGGUGUGAAGAACCUCGUCUUGAAUGUGGAAUACCAAAUACGUGGGACUUUUUAGGUUGUUUGUUUUGUUGUGUUGCACUUUGGAGUGCAGUCUGGCCAACGAGACCUGCUCUCUGGCCCGUCUUAUGGACUGGCACCGUGAGCAGCAUGAACGUGACGGAGGCUAAGGAAUACCGGUGGCCAGUUUGUGCAACUUGGGGGGGGGAGUGUCUGGGAGGCUGAAUUAGAAAUGCCCUUUUUUGCCCUUGAGUAGAAACUAAAGGAAGAAGAGUUGCCUGAUUUCUUUCUUUGCCCCCACCCCAUCUUUAUUUUAUAUAGGUAGUAAUUACAGGACAAUAAUAAAUUUUCUAUUGAACACUGACUUUUACAGCUUGUUCUAGGAAAAAGAACAUAAGAAAGUAACAAGCAAUAUGUUCCCUUCUCAAUAUAAGAAAAAGAUUUUAAUGAAGUUACUGCAAGGAAUAAACUAGGAAUUAAUCGUGUAA